CAAAUAGAGUCUCUAUAGCUAAAUCCUCCAAUAUCCCAUCCCAAAGAUUAGUCACAGAAACUACAAGCCAAAAUGCCUCCUUAUCUUUACAAUUCCCCUCCGCCGCCUCCUUCCAACAAAUAUAUCCCUCCUCCAGCGGCGCCACCGCCACCGGAAACUCCUCCCCGUCGUCGUCGCCACCGCCGCCACCAUCCGAAGACGCCACCGUCACAUUGUAACCCUAAGUCUGGUCUACCGUGUCCUCCAAGUAACAGCAAGCCCGCUCCACCACUGCCCUCUCCCCACCCGCCGGCGAGUGCUCCAAAACCGCCACCAUCAUGGUGGGGCCCACCGGGCCACAGCCCAAGCCCAACUCAGCAAGGCCCAACUUCAUCACCGAAACCCCACAAGCCCAACCCUAGAGGCCCAAUCCCUGCGCCCGCACCAGUACCUUCCGGCGGUGGCGGCGGUGCAACUCCACCAUCCGGGGGCAAGCCUCCGUCCCCAUCAAAGGCGGCGGCGCCACCAGGGGCCUCCACUCCUAGGGGCCCAAUCCCUGCACCGGCACCAGUACCCUCCGGCGGCGGCGGCGGUGCAACUCCACCGUCCGGCGCCAAGCCACCGUCCCCCUCAAAGGCGGCGGCGCCACCUGGGGCCAGCACUCCUAGAGGCCCAAUUCCCGCACCUGCACCAGUACCUUCCGGCGGCGGCGGCGGCGGUGCAACUCCACCGUCCGGCGCCAAGCCUCCGUCCCCUUCAAAGGCGUCUCCACCUAAACCGAGCGUCGGCGGCUCCCCACCGGUGCUCCCGCCGUCCUAUAGCAACGCGCCACCUGGACGCGUUCCGCCAGCUGGCUCCGUGCCCCCGUCUUCAAACGAGGUGACGGUCCCUCCACGUGGCGGCGGCGGCGGAGGUGGUGGAAACAACCACACGACGGUGAUUGCGGUCUGCGUGUCGCUUGGAGGUGCGUUUUUCGUGGCGUUCCUGCUGGUUGGGUUGGUGUGCUUGGCUAAGAAGAGGAAGAAGAAGGUUCUGGUUCCGGUGGUUGCUGCUCAUCCGCAUGGUCACGGCGGCGGUGGCGGCCACGUGGGGGCGGCGGCUGCUGCUCCGCAUGCCCACGGUGGACCAGCUCCUUGUUAAUAUGCUAAUUGCUAAAGGCUAAAGCCAUGUGUAUUGUUUUUUAAUUUUUAUUUUUCAUAACUCCACGUUUACUAUAAUCGCCAACUUGGUGGUGUCAAUGUUUUUUUUUUGUUCGUGAUUAAUGUCAAUGUUUUUUAGUCAAAUAAAAAUUUGUGUUUUAGUGACCAAUUAUAUUAUUUAAAUGAUGAGUCCAUAAUCGUGCUUACGAGCUGUGAAGUUCAUUAAUCAACGAGCCGAACGGCGUCUGAAUUUCAUGUUUUUAUGGAUAAAUAAAUGGAUUGGUGCAUUAUAUAUUUACAUGUGGGCACAUGGAUUUAAAAAUAAAAUCGAACGACGUCGUUAUGACAAUGAGAUGAAUUUUCAUUAUAUUUCGACAAAAAAAUUACAUAUCACUCCUUAUCACUUUGGUAUCAUCUUUGUUUUAAUUUAAAUUUUGAAAUUUUUACACAAAAGGAACGAGUUAAUCGUGAACUAUUAGAUCUAAAAAUUUAUUGGUAAAAAUAUAGAACCAAAAAAUACCACCUCAUAUCACAUUGGUAUAGCAGUAGUGGUACUUGUUGUGGUAAACACUGAUGAAUGUGGUAAAUGACAGUUCAUAUAUUCAUGUUAUCAUGUAUUCAAUUAUCUUACACUAUCAUAUGUUCAUACCACCAUGUGAUAGGGGAAAGUUUAAAGGUCUUUCAUAAAUGGUGAUACAUGACAUGUUAUGCGUGUUUAUUGAUCAUAAGAUUACUGACUUUAACUAGGGGUGAAUAAAAAUAUCCGCAAACUUACCCGUCCACCCAACUCACUCGUAUCACUAAUAUUAAGGUUUAAGGCCGUAUGAGGAUUUUAUUUUGUACAACCAACCUCUUUUGGGUCAGGUGUUGAUUUUGGAUUACGCAACCCGUAAAACACGAUCCAACCGGUGUUCCAACUAUUGUCAUAAGUGUUCAUAUCCAAAACAUAUUUGUGUCGUAUAUAAGCAUGCUUGUGAGACAAUUAAGAUAUUUUAUCAUAUUUUUCUCUUGUAGACUCCCUAACCUAAUUCAUUCUUCGACUUAAAAUUUAAACGGGUUCAAUAUAGGUUAUGUUUGACGUAAUAUUUUUGUUACAAUUUUAGAAGAAUAACAUACUAUGGAUAUGUUCGCUUAUAGCAUAUCUACCUUCUUUCGACAAAUUAAUGUUCGUGGAAUAAAGUAGAUAAAUGUUG